AUGGCUCAGAAAAAUUCCAGCACCAUCACCGAGCUGGUCCUUGUUGGAUUUUCCAAUCACUCCCGGGCUGAGAUCCCCCUCUUCCUCCUCUUCUCUCUGGUCUACCUGGUGAAUCUCUUUGGAAACACAGCAAUUAUUGUUUUGGUGGUAAUUGACUCCUGUCUCCAGACACCCAUGUACUUUUUCCUUUGCCACCUGGGCUUUCUCAACAUAUUUUACACCACAGCUGUGGUCCCCAAGAUGCUCUUCAACCUCCUUGCUCUCAAGAAAGUCAUCUCUUAUGAAUUCUGCCUUGCCCAGACCUACAUCUCCCUGUUAAUGGGAGCAGCUGAGUGCAUUAUUUUGGCAAUCAUGGCUCUGGACCGUUAUGUGGCCAUUUGUUACCCUCUACGAUACCUGCUCAUCAUGAACUGGUCUAUGUGUGUGCAGCUGGCUGUGGGGGCUUGGACUGUCAGCUUCUUUGCCUCAGUGGUACCUCUCCAUUUCACAAUAGUUCCCUUCUGUGGCCCUUAUGUUAUCGAUCACAUUUUUUGUGAAGUACCUGUUCUUCUUCAUAUGAUUUGUGCUGAUACCUCCCUACAGGAGACCAUCAUGGUGAUAGGAGCAUCUGGCAUCCUCUUGCUCCCCUUCCUCCUCAUUACUCUCUCCUAUCUAUGCAUACUGGUUGCUGUGAUGAGGAUGCACUCAGCUGAGGGUAGGAAAAAGGCUUUCUCUACUUGCAGCUCCCACCUGACUGUGGUGACCAUUUAUUAUGGGACAGGGAUGUUUAUGCACAUGAGGCCCAAAUCUCUAUAUUCAGCUCAGGGUGAUAAAUUCAUCUCCUUGUUCUAUGCAGUUAUCAAUCCUGCUUUGAACCCACUAAUCUAUAGUCUGAGGAACAAGGAGGUGAAAGGAGCCUUGAAAAGAGUCUUAGAGAGAUUGGCAGUGUCCCAAAGGCAAAAGAUACUCUCUUGA